AUGGCUGAGAAGGCUUAUCCUGCAGCCCCGGCAAACCAUGGUUACCAAAGAAGUGAUGCAGAGUCUUUGGAAAAUGCUGAUGAACUGAAACGCAAGAAGAAAAUCAAAUUGGCCAUAUAUAUUACUAUUUUUGUUGUGUUUCAGAUCAUCGUUAUCACCACAAUGAGUCUCACUGUCAUGAAAGUCAAGACCCCCAGGUUCAGGCUAGGCAACAUCAACGUCCAGAACUUCGAAGCUGUUCCUGCAACGCCUUCAUUCGACACGAAAUUCACAACCCAAAUCAAGAUCAAGAACUCAGCCAACUGGGGUUCCUACAAGUUCAAUGCUGCCAAUGUCACGUUUCAAUACCAAGGCCAGACUGUGGCAGUAAUUAAUAUCGCAAAGGGCAAGGCUGGAUGGCUUUCGACCAUAAAAAGAAAUGCGGAGGUGAGUUUGAAUUCAAAUGGAAUAACUGGUUCAAAUCUUGGCAGCGAAUUGAGCAGCGGGGUGUUGACGCUCAACAGCGUAGGAAGAUUGAAUGGAAAAGUUGCAAUUAUGUUCAUCAUGAAGAAGAAGAAGGCUGCCAACAUGAACUGCACUAUUGCCUUUGAUGUGACAGCCAAGACGCUCAAAUCUUUACAAUGCAAGUGA